AUGGGCCUUGCGAAGGCGGCCAUUAAUUUGGCCGAUUUCGGCCUAACCGGACUCAGGUCCAAGAGGGCCGCCACCGGGGCGCUUCUGCUCGAGGUUCCCGGUGAAGGGGGUUCCGCCAUAGCGGAACAGUUGGCCGCCCGCAUGGCGGAGGCUCUUGCUGGGACGGGCAUUAAAGUCGCCCGCCCCAUCAAGCGGGUAGAGGUCCGGAUCUCCAAUCCGGACUCGACAGAUGAGGCAAGCAGGAAGGAGGUAAUCUCCUCCCUUGCUUCCGUAGGAGGAUGUCCCGAAGGGGACAUACGCGUCGGCGAUAUACGACGUGCCCCCUCGGGUCUGGGAACCCUGUGGGUUCAGGCCCCGCUCGCGGCCGCCCGGCGAAUCGCCGCGGCGUCCGACAGGCGCGACCUGGUUGUCGGUUGGGUGAUUGUGCGGGCCGAAGUCCUAGCGACCCGACCCCUGCAAUGCUACCGCUGUCUGGAGGUAGGCCAUCCCAGUCAACGGUGCACAAGCGCCGUUGACAGAAGCGGGCGCUGCUACCGCUGCGGGGGCACAGGCCACACGGCCGCGAAGUGCGAGGCGACCCCCAGUGCCCACUAUGUACGGACCUGGAGAGGCUAG